CUCUCUCACUUUCUUCUUUAUGUUACAUACUAUUACCCAUUUUAUCUACUUAUGAAUACAACUAGAACUAGUCGAAAUUCCUCAUCAAUGAAAAAUACCAUUAGUUCUAAUAAAGAAACCUUGAGGACAUCAAAACUUCAAUCUGGGAAAUCUGUACAGGAACAAGGUCAUCAACAAGUAAAACCUACCACAAGAAAAAGGCCUCUAGAAGAUGCAGCUCGUAAUACUAGGCAACCAUACAAACAUUGGACAUUACGUGAUUUCGAAAUUGGUCGUGAAUUAGGUCAGGGUAAUUUUGGACAUGUUUAUCUUGCACGGGAAAAACAAAGUGGAUACAUUGUUGCUCUAAAAGUAUUAUAUAAGAAGGAAAUCAUGUCCCUUGGUGUUGAACGACAAUUAAGGCGAGAAGUGGAAAUACAAGGAUCCUUAAGACAUCCGAAUAUUAUACGACUCUAUGGUUACUUUCAUGAUGAGACUAGGGUAUUCUUGAUUUUAGAGUUUGCCUCAAAAGGCGAACUAUACAAGGAAUUACAGAUCAAGAAACGAUUUAUGGAAUCGGUUGCCGCAAAAUAUGUUGCACAAUUAGCGAAUGCAUUAUUAUAUUUACAUCACAAGCGGGUUAUUCACCGGGAUAUUAAACCUGAAAAUCUUUUACUUGGCCUCAAUGGAGAAUUAAAGAUUGGUGAUUUUGGUUGGUCUGUGAAAACUGAUGUUCAAGACUCUCGAAGAAGCACUUUAUGCGGUACAUUGGAUUACUUACCACCGGAAAUGGUGGAAGGGAAGAAUCAUGAUGUCAAUGCUGAUAUAUGGUCUCUUGGUGUAUUACUUUAUGAAAUGAUUUGUGGGAAACCUCCAUUUGAAGAUACUGAAGGUGAUAAGGAAACCUAUCAACGGAUAAUACAAGUGGAUAUCUCCUACCCAGAUUUUGUUAGUAAAGAAGCAAGGGAUCUUAUUCAAAAGCUUUUACAAUAUAAGGCUGCUCAUAGGAUACCUUUACGUGAAGUUUUAGAACAUCCAUUUAUCAAACGUUACCAACAUAUGAAUAACAAUCCUAGUUUAUCUCAUUCAUGACUACCUUUCUUU